GAUAUCAGGCAAAUUUUCACUUGGAGUAAGAUGCAAAUUCUGACUGUUGACAUUAACUAUCCAUAGAAUAUUAUUCUGUAGAUUGGGAUGGAUGUUUCUAGACCUUCUCAGGCACUUCUGAAAUUAAUUUUGGAUCCUUUUCCCCACUUGGAUCUCCUCUACCCUGCUGCCAGGUUGGAGGUCACACUAAAUGCAGUCAAACCGAUUGCUUUGGACUCCAGUAAUCCAUCUGCUACAGUGCCCCAUGGUACUAAAGAUGGGCCGUCGAGCCCGCCAAGACCUCUUUGCAGAUGAAAAUCUCAGCAGGAAGAAUUCCCCGUCUGCUUCUCUUGGAGAGGUUCCACCACCUAAGCCCCCACGCCGGCAAGGAGGCUGGGCAGAUGAUCCUGUACUGGCACCUACCAAGUCAGGAAGAAAGCAUGCAGAAGAAGUAGAAGACCAUCGUCUCAGACAGCAGAGCCUGGAGGCAUCAGAUGAUGGAGGAGACAUUCCUGUGAUCCCUGACUUGGAGGAUGUCCAGGAGGAAGAUCUUGCCAUGCAAGUGGCAGCUCCCCCCAGUGUGCAGGUGAAUCGAGUGCUGACCUACCAUGACCUGGACAAAGAUCUAAUGAAAUAUGCUGCCUUCCAGACUCUGGAUGGGGAGGUAGACCUGAAGCUCCUCACCAAAGUUUUGGCUCCAGAGCAUGAGCUACGAGAGGAUGAUGUCAGCUGGGAUUGGGACCAUCUCUUCACAGAGGUGUCAUCAGAACUAGUGACUGAGUGGGACCUGGGACAGUCAGAGAGAGAGGACCACAUCAGUCUCCCAUAGAGCUCUGACACACCAGAUGUCUCAUACAUCCAUCUCGUGUACAUAGUUAAGCACUUUAAUUUUCUAUUCACUUGUUUGUAUUUGAGAAUUUAUUUCAGACAUGAAAAUAAAUUGGACCUUGCUUCAUAGAAAAA